AUGAAUCCUUUGAUUGUGAAGUUCAACAGGAUCAAUCUUGAGAACUCUUGCUUGAGUGACGUCAAGGACAUUAUCUUUGAUAGGUACAUGGAGGUAAGCAAGCCAGAGAUCGAGGAAUUCAACAAUGCCAACUUAAGGGCCAGAAUUGCUGCUCUUGGACACCUUCUGAAGAGUGCAAUAGAUUGUCUGCCUGCAAGACCUGCACAGAUAAUUAUUUUGUAUGGAGAUGCUCUACAUGUGAUGAUGUGUUUGAGCACCUCGACGCGAUUGAAACCGCAGUAUGUCGCGAUGGACGCUUGA